CUGCAAGGACUAUGCAGGUAUAGUUGAUUUUCUGACUUGUUUGGUCAGAAAGAUGCUAAAGAAAAUGAAAAAGCAACCCCUCUUGUUUGUGGAACUCCUUUUCUGGAAGACUCGGAGGGAAUGCCAUUACGUCAAUGCUGAAUAUUUGUUGAGCGAGCUUGAAGAAAUUGGUUCAUCCCCAGAAAAUUUGAAGAAAGAAAGUGCCAAUUGGAAUAAAACUCAGGGAGAUGAAGAAAUUGGUUCAUCCCCAGCAAAGGCGUGGACACAAGAUAUCAAAAAGACAAGCUUGAUGAUGUUAUUAAAGGCUUUGCACCUACCUCUGGCAGUAACAGUGACAAAGAUGAUCAUAAUGGGGAGCAAUUGAUGGAAGAUGAAUCUCAAAUUGCUCUAAGGAGAAGGAAGAAACUUGUUCUUGAUGGUGAUUUGGAAAGACAAAUCAAAGAUCUCCAUGAGAAGUAGGUUUGACCAGAUCAAACUUUUGUCUGAACUUUGGAGCAUGAUUUAAAUUAGAGCCUUGUCAAAAAGAAAUUCAGUCUUUUUUAUUUUAUUUUUUUUACAUCAUUGGUACAAACAUUCUUAAAAGGAGUGAGCAAGAUAGAUCAAUUCAUAGCUUUUCAAUAUUUUGUUGAAUUUCAUUAUUUGUACUGUAUUUCAA